UUAGUCGAGUAGGUAGGUGUCACCAAGGCUUUCGUAGAUACAAAACUUUCAAUAUUGGGGUAUAAUAUGAGCAGUAUAUAAUAAAGCUAAGAGUACCUCUAACUAUAAAUACCUAACAAAUCUCUAUGAAUGCAGGAAGUAGCAUUGAUUCUCAUAAAAUGAAGGAAGGAAACUACGCUAUAUAUCACCAAGAAUACAUCAUUAUGGCAGAAUAUCGUAUGCUUCAAACAGAAAACUUGCCUGGAAUAUAUGUUAUACCAUCACAUGAAAAUUCAUUUUUGUGGUAUGGAGUAAUAUUUGUAAGAUCAGGCAUAUAUGGAGGUGGUGUGUUCAGAUUUACCUUAACAUUACCUGAAAAGUUUCCUGAUGAUAUAGUUCCUACUGUUACUUUUACUUCACCAAUUUUUCAUCCAGCUGUGGAAUCCACUACAGGUAUCCUGAACCUAAAAGAGGUAUUUCCACAAUGGGACAGAAAACAAAACCACAUUUGGCAGAUAUUAAAAUAUUUGCAUUGGAUAUUUCAAAAUUUGAAUAUGAAAGUACCAGUUAACAAUGAAGCUUCUAUGUUAUUAAAAAAGAAUAGAAAGUCAUUUAUAGAAAAAGUAAAAGAGUGUAUAGCAGCCAGCGUUGAACAUGUAUAUGAUGAUCCUCCCACUGAUGACAAACACUAUAUUACAUUCAAACCAUAUGACCCCAGUAUACAUGAUAAUGCCAGGAACAUGAUGUUGAAGCCUUCAAAUACUAAUGAAAGUUCACAUGGCAUAUCUUGGGUCCAAUCAGGAUCAUAUCAGUCGUUCACAAAAGAAGAUACCACAUAAUUAUAAACAAAAUAAAUACAUUGAAUUUCUAUUGUAAUAGCCAUAUAACAUACCUGUGAUACAAAAUUAAAUUCUGACAACAAUAUUAAUAAGCAUUACCACUAAAUUGUAACUGACCACAGUAACUGUUGACAUGUUAGUGCUGUACAAGACAACUUGCAUAACUAAUCCUACAUAUUAAUUUUAAGAUAAUAUUUGACUAAUAUUUAAGCUAGAGUUGUCUGUUAUAAAUAAAUAAUAUAUUAAUAUUA